AAGCCCUACAUCGAUAGGCUGGCGAGGGGAGCGCUAAGCCCGUGUCCAGCAAUUGAAGAAAUCGCGAGGCAGUGCGACAGAAGAGCCACACUGCCCUCAUUAUACACCUGCAAGCCCAUAGUCUGCGUCUGCCCAUGAGCGCUGCCCAACGCGUCCGGAGCGCCUAACCGCACACGCACAUCCCAGCAACCCUCGAGCCUCAGUCCCGCCCACAGCCCAGCGCGUGGCGGGGAAAGCCACCAUGAAUGGCACCGACAUGAAGAAGGCGGCCAUCAACAAGGCCAAGCAGGUCGCGCAGGCUGCCAACAGCAACGGCGGAAAGAAGCGACGGAAGGGCCAGGACCUCAAGCCCAUAAUCACGACGGAGAACCAGGGCAACCAGAACGCUUCGCCCGCAGGUUCGACGGGCUCCUUUCAGUACAAUGUGCAGAACGCCAAUUCGCCGCUCGCCCAACACAAGAUGUACGGAAACCAAUUAAGCCACUCGCCCGACUCGUCGUCGUCGUCGGUCGAUGAGGCCGAAAACACAGCCGACGAGGAGGACUCAGAGGACUACUGCAAGGGCGGCUACCACCCGGUGCAGGUCGGUGAGGAGUACAAGGACGGCAAGUACACGAUUGUGCGCAAGCUUGGGUGGGGCCAUUUCUCGACCGUCUGGCUGUCGAGGGAUAACGCCAGCGGCAAGCACGUCGCCCUCAAGGUUGUGCGCUCCGCUGCGCACUACACAGAAACCGCCCUCGACGAGAUUAAGCUACUCAAGAAAGUGGUCGACGCGAACGAGAACCACCCCGGCCGGAAACAUGUCGUCAGCCUCCUCGAUUCCUUCAACCACAAGGGCCCGAACGGCGUCCACGUCUGCAUGGUGUUUGAGGUGCUAGGAGAGAAUUUAUUGGGCUUGAUCAAGAGGUGGAACCACCGCGGAAUACCAAUGCCGCUGGUCAAGCAGAUCACAAAACAGGUCUUGCUAGGCCUCGAUUACCUCCAUCGCGAAUGCGGCAUCAUUCACACCGACCUGAAGCCUGAGAACGUUCUCAUCGAAAUCGGCGACGUCGAGCAGAUCGUAAAAACAUACGUGAAGGACGAACCGAAGAAGAAGGACAGCGAAGACAGCGUUAGAAACGGCAGGCGGAGACGGAGGACCCUCAUUACAGGAAGUCAGCCGCUCCCCAGCCCGCUCAACGCGAGCUUCAACCACGCCGAGCUCUCUAGCUUUCCCGGCAACACACAAAGUCUCAACAAGGUUAUGAGCGAGGGUACAGCAACUCCAUCCGCCGGCCCCAGCCUGUCCAUGGCAGAACGGCUCGGAAUAAAGUCCGCGAACGAAGACGACGCGCAAAAGCAACGAGAAAAGUCCGCCGAUCUCCUUACGAAGGAGGUAUCGGGUAUCAGCCUCGACAAACCCAGCAGCUCAUCCGGCAAGACCGAGCUCGAGCAGCAAGUCGAAAACGCCUUCGAAACUAUUUCAGUCAAGAUUGCAGAUCUUGGAAACGCCUGCUGGGUUGGACACCACUUUACGAACGAUAUCCAGACUAGGCAAUAUAGGUCACCAGAAGUCAUUUUGGGUAGCAAAUGGGGUGCCAGUACCGAUGUCUGGAGUAUGGCCGCGAUGACAUUCGAAUUAAUCACCGGCGACUACCUCUUUGACCCACAAUCUGGCACAAAGUACGGCAAAGACGACGACCACAUCGCACAAAUCAUCGAGCUUCUAGGCACCUUCCCGAAGGGCCUCUGCAUGUCGGGAAAAUGGUCACAGGAGAUCUUCAACCGCAAAGGCGAGCUCCGCAACAUCCACCGAUUACGACACUGGGCCCUUCCCGACGUCCUCCACGAGAAAUAUCAUUUCAGCUCAGAGGAGAGUAAGAAGAUUGCCGGUUUCCUGUUACCCAUGUUGGAACUACUACCUGUCGACCGCGCAAAUGCAGGCGGAAUGGCAGGACACGAAUUCCUGAAAGACACAAAAGGCAUGGAGGGUGUAGAUUUGAAUAUCCCGGUUGGUAGUAAGGGCGAGGGGAUUGAGGGGUGGGCGACGGAGAUCAAGAAGACGCGGUAGAACGCGGUGAGGAAAGUGCUGUCGGCCUAUUUGUAGAGGUGGAGUGGAAUGAAAUGGAAUUGUGCGACUGGUUAGCCUGGCUUUUGUGUGAGCAAAUGGA